AUGGCGGCCGUCGCCGACCUCGCCCAGGCGCGGUCGUCGGCCCAUCGCGCCCUCCCGCCCGCGGAGGACCCCGGCGCGGUCAGCCUCCUCCUCUUCUACGCCUACCGGGAGCCCGCCUGGACCGACGCGGAGCACAAGAAGGCGCUGGCGGAGGUGCUGGCCAUCGGGGCGCGCCACAAGAUCACGGGCCGGGGCCGCUGCGCCCCCGAGGGCCUCAACUGCACGCUCACGGGCCGGGGCGGCGACGUGCGCAAAUUCUGCGCGUCGCUAAGGGCCUGGGACGGCGCGCUCUUCGGCCCCGCGGACUUCAAGGUCACCGACGGCCUCGAGGAGAACCAGCGCUUCAAGGCGCUGACGAUCCGGAAGACGGAGGAGCUCGUGGGCUACGGCCUCGCCAACGACCGCGCGCCGAAGCUGGCGACGAACUCCGCCAGGCACCUCGAGGCCGACGCGUACCACAAGGCCUUGGAGACGCCGGGCGCCGUCGUCAUCGACGUGCGGAACCAGUACGAGACGGAGAUCGGCCGCAUCGUGCCGCCGCCGGGCGGCGCGGAGCUCCUGGACCCCAAGAUCCGCAACUCGCACGAGUUCCCCCGGUGGCUGAACCUGCCGGAGACGAAGAAGAAACUCGCGGGCCGGUCCGUCCUCAUGUACUGCACGGGGGGCAUCCGCUGCGAGCGCGCGUCGGCCCUGCUCCACGACAUGAACGCCGCGCCGACCUGCGAGAGCCAGGAGGACUGCGCGAACAAGGCCGCGGCCGCGGCGCUCCUCGAGGGCGCGGACCCGCCGAAGGAGAUCUUGAUGGUCCGCGGCGGCAUCGAGCGCUACCUCCGCACGUUCCCGGAGGGCGGCUACUGGCGCGGCGCCAACUACCUCUUCGACAAGCGCUUCGAGCAGCGGCCCGAGAAACAGGCCGACCGGCGGCCGCUCGGGAGCUGCGCCGCGUGCCUCGCGCCGUGCGACGAGUACCGCGGCAAGUUCGCGUGCAAGUUCGCGUGCGCGGCCAAGGACUGCCGCGUGCCCGUCGUCGUCUGCGCGGCCUGCCGCGACCCCGUCUUCGCCGACGCGGCCAAGCGGCCCGCGCUCGCGGCGAAGCUCCGGUGCCGCCUCUGCCGGGAGAACCACGCGGGCGCGCGCGCGACGCCUCUACCGGACUGCGUGUUGAAGGGCGGCGCCGACGACGUCGCCCGCAAGGCCGCGGCGAAGCGGCAGCGCGACGACCGGGCGACGGCCAAGGCCGCGCGGCCACCCGCGCGCUUCGUCUUCGUCGGGAAUUUGCCCUUCACGGCGGAGCGGUCCGAGGUGCUCGACGCGCUGAGCCUCGACCGCGCGACGCCCCUGACCUGGCUCCUGGACCGGACGACCCGGCUGUUCUACGGCUCCGCGGUGAUUACCUGCGCGGACGUCGCGGCGGCGUCCAAGGUCGUCGACGCCGCGGGCCGCCGGCCGCGGCGCGUCCGCGGCCGCAAGCUCCGCGUCAACUUCGGCGCCGGCGGCGGCGACGGCUGCGACGGCCCGCGGCCGCCCUGCGCGCGGCCGCGCGUCGCCGUCCUCGAGGCGCCGGCGGCCAAGCGCGCGAAGAAGGGGAACGCCGCGUGA